AUAUCCUUUCACUUCGAACAACAAAAUUUCACUUUUGCCUUUUUCCCCGAAAAGCUGUCCCCAAUCUCUCUCAUCUUUCUCUCUCAUAUCAAUCCUUAUUUUCUCUCUCCUAAAUCAAGAUUUUGGGCUUGACCUAGCCAUUGGAUCGAAGGAUAAUAGGAUAGUCCUUUGCUGAUUAAAAUCGUCGAAAUUGGAAUCAACAAGUGUUAUUGCUUGUUAGUAUCAGUUUCUGUUAACAAAGACUUGGUGGAUAAUUAAGCAGAGUAAAGAGUUAUGUUGAUGUUGUUCUGAUGAAAUUGGGGGAGUUCUGUUAUAUUCAAGAUAAUAAAGUAAUUGCUAGCAAUGGGUGCUCGCUAUCUAGCAAUUUCGGCGGCAUGUACUGUGGUCAGCAUGAUAGGUCUGCAGUGCUGGACAGAAAUAUCGCUCGAAAAAUUCAAGGUGGAUGGACUUAUUGGCAGCGAUACCCUUUACUCAGAGAAUGCUAGUCAUAUAAUCGAGCUCCUGUUGCGUUCUCAUGCCACCAUUACGUUGCUGGCACUAUGUUUGAUCAAUGCAUUUGUGCUAUUUAUUUUGAGUAUUAAGACUAUAUUUUUUGGAGAACUAUAUGCCCCUGAAACACGAAAGUUAGUGGAAAGGCUGGUCAAUUAUGUUAUCUACAAGGGAACAUUUCUUCCAUUAAUCAUUCCUCCAGCAAUAAUUCAAGCCACCCUGUGGAUGACAUGGUUGACCGUCCUUUGUUUCCUGAAGAUGUUUCAAGCUUUGGCAAGAGAUCGUCUUGAACGUUUGAAUGCAUCUCCUUCUGCUACACUUUGGACAUAUUUCCGUGUAUAUUCAGCACUAUUGCUAGUUUUGGCCUUUGACUGUCUAUGGAUAUGGUUUUGUGCGGCUGUAUCUGGACCUCUGGUUUCGUCCACUUAUUGGUUGUUAUUCUUUGAGCCCCUCAGCAUAGCUUUUGAGACACUGCAGGCUAUUGUGGUACAUGGAUUUCAGCUAAUGGAUAUUUGGCUCCACCAUUCUGCUGCAGAGACUUCUGAUUCCCAAAGAUCAAAGUUUUUUGAUACAACUGCAGGUUCUUUGUGGGAAUGGAAAAGCAAUGUUGUUCGAAAUAUGGGGUUUUUCCUCGAUAUGAUGACACUUUUAAUGGCCCUUGGUCAUUAUGUGCUAAUUUGGUGGCUCCAUGGCAUGACAUUCCAUCUUGUAGAUGCAAUCCUUUUCCUGAACAUUCGUGCUUUACUAAGUGCAGUUGUAAAGCGUAUUAAAGGAUUUGUCAAAUUAAAGAUAGCUUUAGGUGCACUUCACGAGGCACUUCCUGAUGCGACAACAAAGGAAAUACAAGCAUAUGAUGAUGAAUGUGCCAUCUGUAGGGAACCAAUGGCAAAGGCUAAAAGGCUUCCUUGCAAUCACCUUUUCCAUCUUGCUUGUUUGAGAUCUUGGUUGGAUCAAGGACUUAAUGAGGUCUAUUCAUGUCCUACCUGUCGGAAACCCCUUUUUGUUGGAAGAUCUGAAAGUGAGGCAAGCUCUCAUACUAGAGUAGUUUCAAGUGAUGAGCAGCUUGCUCGUCAACUAAGCUCAGGAGUUGAUCUGGUGAAUGCUGGAGGUGGAGGAGUUUUCCCUAACCAAAACCAAAAUUCUCCGGAAGUUAAUACUUGGAGAGGAGCAGGAGCAGAUUCAAGUUGGUUACAGCCUUGGCCAAGUCAGGGUCUUGAUGGAGCUGGCCCAUCAACUGCCAUUAGGUCUGCUGGGUUGGGGAGGGUCCAGAUGAUGAUGCGACACCUUGCUUCUGUUGGAGAAAACUAUGCCCAGACUGCUCUUGAAGAUACUUCGUGGAGCCUUUGGCCAACAAACUCUUCUCAAGCAACAACAUCCAGUACAGCAUUUCCCCCUGCUGCACACAGAUACCCUGCAACAACUGUUACUGCACAUAGGAGGACUGCCUCCCGUCCUGCUAACGACAGCAUUGCAAACUUACUUGCCAUGGCAGAAACUGUAAGGGAGGUGCUUCCUCACAUCCCUGAUGAAAUGAUUUUCCAGGACCUGCAACAAACAAACUCUGUCGCUGUGACUGUUAAUAACCUUCUUCAGAUGUGAUAUUGGAUAUUAUUCUGCACAAUAAGCCUUCCUGGUCCACAAAUGUUUUGGGGACUGUGUGAUGACACAAGGCAAUGGAAACUCGAGACUUUUCUGAGUAUGUUGAAACUGCUGUCUGUCCUGCCGGAUUCUGUACAUAGUGGCACAUAUUACCAAUGACAAUGUCACCUAGGAGUAUUGGUAAUGAGAACAUUGUAAAAGCAUCCUGUAUAUUCCCUUAUAACAGUCUUUAUUAUCGCACAUAAACCAAAUAGAAAGUGAUUUUGAUUUUGGUCUCGCAACAAAGAGAUUCCAGAUGCAUCUGUGGAACUGUGGCAGUUUUGUAAUGAGUAUGUAUAUUCUCAUUGUAGUUGUACAUGCAGAAUUUCUCUUGAAGAUGUAACAGGCUAGUUUUUUUAUUCUUAAUAUAUACUUCAAAUAUGUUGUAUCUUGUAUUUGAUCACUUCAUAGUUGCUGCAUGUAUGGUGCACCUGGUGGCUGUCGGUCCACAAUCUUCUUGCAAUACAGUGGUAUUUUUUUUAUAAUGUACCAUCACCUUACAUCU